UUCCCCACUUCACCUCCCCUGUUCGACCAAGCCGAACCAACCAGCCAAGGUGCUGUGGCUGCCGAGUGCUGAGAAACAAAAGCCCCAAAUCUCCCAAAGCCCCGGCCCGACGCGAUGGCUCCCAGAUCAGAGCACGCCGCCGGCAGCGCCGCCGCGGCGGCAGCAGCAGCAGCGCAGGGACACAGAUCCGAGUUCGACUCAAUGGAUCCCCUCUUCCACGUCCUGCGCGCGGUGCCCUUCUCCUUCCUCCAGCCGCCGCGCACCCGCCUCAAGCUGCCGUCCAACCUGGCGCUGCCCUCCCCCAUGACCGUCUUCGCCCUCAUCCUGCUCACCUACUUCGCGGUCGUCUCCGGCCUCGUCUACGACGUCAUCGUCGAGCCCCCGGGCAUCGGCAGCUCCCAGGACCCGGCCACCGGCGCCGUCCGCCCCGUCGUCUUCCUCCCCGGCCGCGUCAACGGCCAGUACAUCAUCGAGGGCCUCUCCUCCGGCUUCAUGUUCCUCCUCGGAGGCGUCGGGAUCAUCCUCCUCGACCUGGCGGUCGACCGCACCAGGCCUCGGAGCCUGCGCAUCUCCUUCGGCGGCUCCGGCGUCGCCGCCAUCGUCAUCGCCUACGCCAUGGCCAUGCUCUUCCUGCGCAUCAAGAUUCCCGGCUACUUGUGGUGAGGCCGAAAAAUCUUACGACUUCAUUAUGUCAGAUCCGUCACCAGAUCCCUCUCUACCUUUAGAUCUAUAAGCUGUUGUUGAUGACUCUAGUGUACAAUUUAAACUAUGUUACUGAUGGUCUCAAAUUCCAAGGAUUUUUUCUAUUUCAAAAGGCACUAUACUGUUUUUUAA